CAGCUGAAGUGGUGGAGAUGAUGUCUCCUGAAGACGUCUUGGAAGGAGACAACUUCACUGUCCUCUGCACUGUUGCCAACUUCAUCGGCCCGGUCGAUUUCUGGUUCACGGCGCCCCGCUCGAAACCGCCCUGCAGCCGGUACAGCCUGGAGACCUACCUCCGCGACGACGGCCUAAUGAACGUGUAUCUGACGGUGCAGGAGGCGACGCUGGAGGACUCGGGCUUCUACGAGUGCCACGCAGGACCUGGUUCCUCCCUCACCACGGACGUCAUGGUGCAGAAGCGCCCUUGGGAAGUCCUUGACCUGAAGGCCUCGCACGCUACUCUAGGCCAAGAUUUCUUUUUGAGUUGCACCGUUAAGGACUGGCCGAGGAAGGUCACCUUCUACCACAACGGCAAGGUCAUCAGCGAGCUCGACGACGCCCGCUACACCGUGCACGCCCCCGACGCCAGCGAGGAGGAGGGCGCGCCCCUCACGCACGUCAUGAAGGUGGCCAAGGCGAGGCCCGAGGACGAGGGCGUCUACCAGUGCUCCCUCGACGGCUACAGCUCCUCCUCCGUCACCGUCGCCGUGGAAGAGCCUCGCGAGGAAGUCCUGGCCAUCGCCGCGUCCGCCGCCGUCCUCGGGAGGGACUUCAACAUCACGUGCCGAGUCCAGAACUGGGACGAGGAUGUGACCUUCGUGCACAACAACGUGGUGGUGGAGCCCGAGCGCGAGUGGCGCUACGAGGUCACCAAGCGCCCCGGAGAGCGACCCGAGGUCAGCUCCCACGUGCUCACCGUCACCAACGCCUCCCUCGACGACGCCGGCUACUACGAGUGCUACACGAGCCGGAUGGCCUUCGAUGCCGUCGCCGUCGAGGUCUGGAGGGAGGCAGACGUGACGCUGGAGCUGCAGACCCUCGACCGUCCCAACUGGAUGGACGCGCCCAUUCCCAUGAACUGCAAAGUCGCGGGCGUGGAUCCGAACAAAGUGACGAUCAUGUUCCUGCAAGAGGACACACCUCGGGUCGCGAUCCAGAACAAGACGAAGAUGUCGACCUCGAAUGACCUCGUCUCCAUCACGAUCACGGACAACCCCGACGCCCCCUCGUUGCCGGAGACCACCUUCACCCUCGGCUUCUACUCCCUCAGCCACAACCACUCGGGCUUCUGGUCGUGCGAGGUCCUGCACCCCAGCGGCGCGUCCCUGGGCAAGGCUGUGCUCUUCCUCGAAGUCGCCGACAUUCCGAAGUUCGUAGUGAAACCCCCAGAAGAGGUUUACGAAGACCUGGGCGAGGACCUGUACCUGAACUGUUCCACGUCAGGCCCGAGGGAGACUUCCGUCGCAUGGUUCCGGAAGGGCAUCCCCGAACCCAUCGUU